CCAAAACCGACAGAACCUAAAAGGCCUAAAAACCAACCAACCGGAGAGACUUAUUGAAUUUUUGUGUGUUUCUUCUUCUCAUCACGAUGGAAACCAAUCUGAAGAAGAUCUAUCUGGUUUCUUCCACCGACUCGCCCGAGUUCACUCGCCUGAAACGGUCCCUCACUCGUUCUACGGUCAUUGGGUUGGACGCAGAAUGGAAGCCACAACGCUCGAAUUCGUCGUCGUUCCCAACCGUCACUCUCCUCCAAGUCGCGUGCCGACUCGGUCAUGCCACGGAUGAUGUCUCCGAUGUUUUCCUUAUUGACUUGGCCUCGAUUCAUCUUCCUUCGGUGUGGGAGCUGUUGAAUGAUGUGUUCGUGUCGCCGGAUGUUCUGAAAUUGGGGUUUCGGUUCAAGCAGGAUUUGGUUUACUUGUCCUCCACAUUCACUCAACAUGGAUAUGAGCAUGGUUUCCACGAGGUGAAACAAUACUUGGAUAUCACAAGCAUAUACAAUCAUCUGCAGCAUAAGCAGUUUGGGAGAAAGCCGCCAAAGGAUAUCAAGAGCUUGUCAGCUAUAUGCAAGGAGAUGCUUGACAUUUCUCUGUCGAAGGAACUUCAAUGUAGUGACUGGUCACAUCGUCCUCUUACAGAAGAACAGAAACUAUACGCUGCCACAGACGCUCACUGCUUGCUCCAAAUAUUCGAUGUAUGCAAGGCAAAUCUUGUUGAAGGAAUCACAGUGCUAGUUCCUACGGAGAUCAAUGUUGGCUUAAAAGAAAUUCUUACUGGACCGGACUGUACCAGUAAGAUUGUCGCGGUCAAACUGUGCAAGGCUACAGAUGUUAUCAGAGCAAUGACGGAAAAUGGUCAAAACAUUGCCAACGGAGUGGUUUCUAGAAAAACAACGCUAAACACAAUGCCGAUGGAUGAGGAUCUGUUGAGAAUCGUAAGGAAGUAUGGAGAAAGGAUCCUGUUGAAAGAGUCUGAUCUUUUACCAAAGAUCUCCAAGAAGAAAACAAGAAGACGUGCCACCUUGAGGACUGUGAACACAGAUAAACAUUUGGUCGGUUCUGUGGACUGGCAAGGUCCACCACCAUGGGAUUUAUCUUUAGGCGGUGAUGGCUGCCCUAAAUUUCUCUUGGAUGUGAUGGUUGAAGGUUUAGCGAAACAUCUACGUUGUGUGGGGAUCGAUGCUGCAAUUCCACACUCAAAGAAGCCUGAUGCAAGAGAGUUGCUUGAUCAAGCAUACAAAGAGAACAGAGUUCUCUUGACAAGAGAUACAAAACUGUUGAGACAUCAGGAUUUGGCAAAGCAUCAAAUAUAUCGAGUCAAGAGUCUUCUAAAAAAUGAGCAGCUACUUGAGGUGAUAGAGACAUUCCAGCUAAAGAUCAGCGGGAAUCAGCUGAUGUCAAGAUGUACGAAAUGCAAUGGGAGAUUCAUUCAGAAACCGUUGACCAUUGAAGAAGCUAUUGAAGCAGCAAAGGGUUUCCAAAGAAUACCAAACUGCUUAUUUAACAAAAAUUUGGAAUUCUGGCAGUGCAUGAACUGCCAUCAGCUCUACUGGGAGGGAACUCAGUAUCAUAACGCAGUCCAGAAGUUCAUGGAAGUAUGCAAGUUGAGUGAGUGAUUCAUUUUACUGUAUUUUUUCUUCUUUUUCUUUGGCUGAAGUGUUUCAGGUCACUUUCUCGUGACCUCAGUUCCCAUUCAAUGCUUUGGUCAUGUCUCUGAGCAAACAAGAUGUGUUUUUGUAAUGCUUAGUUCGUAGUUAAAAAAAAACUUACUUAAACAGCAGGCAUAUUUCCGAAAAUUUAACAGCCAAAACAUACUUUACUUGGCACAAUUGAAAAGGAAUCUAAACCGUG